GUUUUACUGGGAGACCAAUGAAAAGAAUGCAUAGUUUAAAAGGACUGACAAGGCAGCAAAUUGUCACCAGAGUGGAGUGGUUUGUUGCAGAACUGAAAAACUACAAUGUCAUCCCUCAAACAGAUAACAUCCAUUGUCGUGAUAUUGCAUUACAAAACAAGGAUCAU